GACCUGUUCAAGGCGCAUGGAUGCUGCAGAUGACAUUCUUCUUCCUACGAGCUCAAGUGCCCUGCGCGACUUCAGUCAUGAUUCAGCAGUCGUAUUCGAGCACAUCUGGCCGCGCGAUGCUCAGAUGGAGUCGUCAACGCUCGGCGCGAUGGCCAGCGCCGUCGGACCUUCUACCUAUCGCUGCUUCCGUCCCACCAGCGAUACGACCGGCAUACGGGCAUCAGCGCAGAAUGCUCUGCAUCGCUUGUGCGAACCCGCUUGACUCGACCUACAACAAGAACAAUCUGCAAUGGGCAGGUCCAAGUGACCUCUCAGUGCUCUUCAGCCGGGCCAGAGGGGGCAGAGCUGAUGGUCACAUGACCGGCACUGUUACCCUUGGCGCAGCCCAUGCUCUUUCAACUGCAUGUGUACAUACAAGCGCGCAAGCCUUCAAGUACAGCACAAGUCGCUCAAAGGCUUCUCCUCCUCCACCUGCUCCCGAGCGUUUCAAAGGCCCAUCGUCUUCGCCACUGCCACCGCCGCCUCCCAGCGCACCGAUCCGCGAUGGGAGCAUCGAGGCAGAAUACGUGCGCCUUGUUCUACCCGUACCAGACGGUGCGCUACUCGAACAGCUUCCUAAUAUUGCAAGGCAUGCCCCGGAACAUUCGGAUUCUUCAGCAACACGAAGCACAGAUGAAGAUGGGCAGUCCAAGGAGAAGCGGGACAAGCAAGGCGGGCUAUCGCCUCCACUAGCGCCACGGGAGAUAUUAGCGCGGGUAGAUAGAAAGAAUUUCUGGUUGAUACAGGUGGCUGCUCCACCAAAAGGCGCGGCGCCUAUCGUCAAGCUCAUGAACAAAAAAGAGGUCCACGAGAAAAGUCGGGGUGGGAGCAAAGGCGGCGCAGCUGCCAAAGCUGCUGGGGCUGUAAGCCCUGCUGCCCAUGCGAACGCAGCAGCGAAAGCUGACAGCGAACAAAGUGAGGGGGGCGAUGGCUCCCAAGCCCCCACGGCUGGCGUCGGCGCAUCACCGCCAUUGAAGCAAAAGGAGCUCUCACUGAGCUGGUCUGUGUCGCGGCAUGAUCUCCAGCACAAAGUCGAGCGAUGCGCCGCCGACUGCUCGCAAAAGGGCAACAAAUGGCGCAUCUCCAUCUCCCUGCAAAGUCGAAAGCAGCGAUUUGACUGGUUCGCAACGGGUGCGGAGGCCUUGCAUCAUGCUUUAAUGAAGGACAUCGAAAGGAUCAUGACUGCGGGCAACCCGCCGGACAAGGACGGAAAGAUGACCGGUUGGGUGGUCAAGAGAGAAGGCGAGAUCAGGUGGCAGACUGCCACCACUGCCAUCUUCAACUUUACGCCCAUCGGAAAGAAGCGUGGGUGAAGUGAAUGAACUCACGCUGCCAUCGACAACGCAUGUAAAUAUCAACAUUACGCAAUUCGUGGCCUGUAUGAGGCUAGA